AUGGCUUCGAUUGCGUCGUCACUGGCGCAGUCGCUGCCCAAGCCCAAGUACACGGGCGAAGACGAAGAGGCUCCGGUGCGGGCACAGCGAGGGCCGCGUAUCGUGAGCGCGGCGGACCUGGACGAGACACAGGUGGUUCUGAAGCGAACAACGGCACCGCCGUAUGGCCAACGACAGGGCUGGCGGCCACGGGCGCCUGAAGACUUUGGCGACGGCGGCGCGUUUCCAGAAAUUCCGUUCGCCCAGUACCCGCUCGACAUGGGCCGGCCGGGCGCCUCCGCCGCCAAGACCAAGAGCAACGCGCUGGCCGUGCAGGUGGACGGCGAGGGCAAAGUCAAGUACGACGCGAUUGCACGGCUGGGCCACGCAGACGGCCGCGUGAUCCACACGUCGUUCAAGGACCUGAUUCCGCUGCGGCAGCGCGCCGAGGCGGGCGACCUGAACCUGGACCGCCCGGACCAGGAGUCGGUGGCCGAGACGACGGAGCGGACCAAGAACGCGCUGGCGCUGCUGGUGAGCGGCGCGGUGGCCGCACAGAAGCCCAAGACGCUGGCGCACAUGGGCGGCCAGCGCAAGGAGGCAACCUACGUGCGGUACACGCCGGCGUCGCAGUUUGGCGACAGCAGCACGAAACAGGACCGCGUGAUGAAGAUUGUCGAGCGGCAGCGGGAUCCGCUCGAGCCGCCCAAGUUCAAACACAAGAAGAUCCCUCGCGGACCCCCCAGCCCUCCACCACCCGUCAUGCAUAGCCCGCCGCGCAAACUGACGGCGGCAGACCAGGAAGCAUGGAAGAUUCCACCACCCAUUUCCAACUGGAAGAACCCCAAGGGCUACACGGUUCCUCUCGAUAAGCGCCUAGCAGCUGCUGGCAAGGGCCUCGAGGACGUCACGAUCAAUGACAAGUUUGCACAGUUUUCCGAGGCACUAUUCAUGGCGGACCGACACGCACGCGAAGAGGUGCGCCAGCGCGCACAAAUGCAGCAGCGUCUGGCCGAGAAGGAGAAGCUGCAAAAGGAAGAGCACCUGCGCGAGCUGGCACAGCAGGCACGUGCUGAGCGCGCAGCCGCCGCAGGUCCCUCAUCUUCACGGCGGCCAGGGCGCGGAAGGGAACGGUCGCGGUCGUCGUCGGGCAGCCGCAGCAGCUACAGCGAUUCGCGGUCGCGGUCGCGGUCGUACGACAGUCGCAGGCGCAGUCGCAGUCGCGGCGGCAGCGAAGAGGAGGAGGACCGUGCCGUGCGUGCACGAGAAGAAGCGCGGCGCGAGAAGCGGCGCGAGGAAGAGCGCAAGCUGCGACAGUCACGCAUGGGUGCGGAGCGCCGCAUGCAGGUGCUGGCGCGUGAGCAGAACCGGGACAUUUCCGAAAAGGUGGCGCUGGGCCUGGCGAAGCCCACGGCGUCGGCCGAGGGCAUGUACGACUCGCGGCUGUUCAACCAAACGAGCGGCUUCGACAGCGGCUUCAACGAAGACAACCCAUACGACAAGCCGCUGUUUGCAGCGCAGGACGCGAUCAGCAGCAUCUACCGGUCGCGUGGCGGGCCCGGCGGCGCAGGCGGUGACGACGACUUCGACGACCCGGCGGCGGGCGACGCUGAGAUGGCCAAGAUUCAAAAGACGAGCCGAUUCGGCGAGGCGCUGGGUCGGGGCACGUUCAAAGGCGCGCGCGACGUCGAGGCGCGUGAAGGUCCCGUGCAGUUUGAAAAGGAGACGACGGGGCUGGGCGUGUCGGGCAGCGGCCCUGCCGGUAGCAGUGCGGCUGCAGACCCGUUUAAUGUGGACAAGUUUCUGUCCGAGGUGGAACAGGGACAGGGCCAGGGCGGCGCGUCAGCGGGCGGGAGCAAGCGCGGCUACGGAUUACAGGCUGACGGUGGCCCUUCAGCACGCCAGUCCAAACGGGCGCGUGUGGAGGAUGACGACUAA